GGCGUGCAUUUAAAAAAUACAGCUGAUGACGGAUGAGUGAUGAAAUAUUAUUUUGGUGGUGAAUUGUAGAAAAUUACAUGAACUAAAAGGACGGAAUUUUGUAUCACAGAAAUGGCAGAAAUACAAACACUCAUCGAGAUGGGAUUUUCCAAAGAGCGAGCGGAGAAGGCUCUCGCUGUGACGAGUUACAAGGGUGUUGAGCCAGCUAUGGAGUGGCUGUUGGCACACGCUGACGAUCCUGCGAUGGACGCUGCUCCGACCGUGGCGUCGUCUACCAGUGCUGAGGCUACGCCGGCGCCCGUGCCGGAGUCCUCGACAUCUUCCGUGGACCCCGCGACUGCCGAACAAGAAGUCAAGUCGUUCAAAUGCGACGUUUGUGGUAAAUUGCUCAAAAAUCAGGAUGAGAUGGAGUACCAUGCGGCUAAGACUGAUCACAGUAGCUUUUCCGAGUCUACUGAGGAGAAGAAACCAUUGACUGAGGAGGAAAAAAGGGCUCAACUGAUGUUGUUGGAGGAGAGAAUGAAACAGAAACGAAAAGAGAGAGAGGAAAAGGAAAAGGCUGAAGCGUUAGAACGUGAACGCAUCCGCAUAAAGUCAGGCAAAGAGAUGCAGGACGCUCGCCAGCGUCUACAAGAACAGGAGAUGCAGAAACUAGUGGAACAGAGGCGACGAGAGAAGAUCGAGGAUCAGAAGGCUCGGGAACGUGUCCGCGCACAGAUUGAAGCUGAUAAACAGGCUAGGAAGUUAGCAGCAAGCGGCCAGCCGCCCGCAGCAGCACCCGCGCCCGCGCCGGUGGCGCCGGCGGCGGCGGCGCCCCGGGUGUCGUACGAGCAGGCGCGCAUACAGCUGCGCCUGCCGGACGGGAAGGCGCUCGCGCACACCUUCGGCGCCAAGGAGCAGCUGGCUGCUGUCAGAUUGUACCUGCAGAUGAAUGCAUCGGAGUACGCUCAACAGGACAGCUUCAAACUGAUGACUACAUUCCCCAAGAAGAUAUUCACAUCAGAGGACUAUGAUAAGCCAUUGGAUUUAUUAGGUCUAGUACCGUCAGCAGUGAUCAUAGUGUCGCGAGGGCAGCAGUAAGAAGCCAAAUAUAAUAAUAUUUAAUAAUUACUGAUUAACAUGCCGACUGUACCGGGAGUUAUGUAUGUACUGGGUUGGGGGAGGCACAAAAGUUCAAUUAUAUUUAAUUAAUUCCGAUGAGACUUGGUGGAAUAAAGUCUGUGUUGUGUA